AUGGAUACCUGGAAGCCUCGUGCAGGUGUAGCUACCUAUCGAGACCUGAGUGGAUGCAGAGUCUCAGGUGGCGCUGUAAUGCCGGGUUCAGAGAGGCCCAACUUAGGGCCCAGCGCAGAGCCCUGCUCUGUUGAACUGUGUUCUCUGUCUGCAGUCCUCGCUAAUGUGACAGCAUGUGGGCCCGAGGAGGUUUGCCAAGCGGACAACACGUGCGCUGCUCCGGUGGUGUGCACGGUGACAGGCUCCACGGUGAUUGGUUUCCACGGAGCAGUGCACUCUGUCCAGGAUCGCUGUGCCUACAGUCUGAUGGAGCCUGAAGGCAGCGCCAGCUUCAACCUCACGGCCGCCUUCAGGGAGCGCCGGCGUACAGAUGUUCCUCUUCUGGACCACCUGAUCCUGUCGCUGCCAGGUGUGACCAUGUAUCUGGAGCAAGGAGGAAGAGUUCGGGUACGCACAGCUCAGCUGAUGCACGGCGUGGAGCUCUCCAAGGACCAGACUGGAGUCACUGCUAAGUUCCCGUCCUCCAAAAUGACUCUCUUUUUCGAUGGCAACAGCGCACAUGUGGCAGGACAUCCUGGAACUGUAGAGGGUUUGUGUGGCAGCCCCUCCAACUCCAGCUGGACCACCACCCCGACUGCCGAGAAGUCCUCUUUCAGCCUCCCUGGCUGUGAGAUUCAAUCCCAGGACUCAGUCGACAGCACCAUCAACUGCACUCGCUCCACCGACCACUGUAAUCUCAUGAGGCAGCCUCCCUUCUCCGCCUGUCACGAGCACACCGACCCAGAGCCGUACAUCAGCGCCUGCACACACACUCUGUGCAGAUACCCGUCAGUGGAUGGGGUCGACUGCCACUUUUUGGAGGCUUACGCCAAGGCCUGCAGCCUGAAAACCAAAGUCACCCUGGAGGACUGGAGGUCAACUACUGGCUGCUCCCCCCCCCCUCUCUGUCAGCAGCCCUGCAGUGAUCAUGAGUUCUGUGGAGAGGAGUUAGGUUCGACCCGCUGCUUCUGCAGGGCUUUGUUCGCCUCCAAGUACAACGCCACCAAGUCUUUAGGCGAUCCCACGGUCUGCAGGCAGGACUCGGCCUCUGCGGUUCUGGCUGGAUGUCUGCUGGACGACAAAGGCAUCGACUUCUCCACCUUACACCUCAAAGACCCCAGCUGCAAGGGCCACAUUGACCCCCAGAGCCACCUGGUGACCUUCAGCUUCAACAGCAGCACCCCCUGCGGGACGGAGGUCAUGAGAAACAACAGCCAGAUCGUCUACGAGAACUCCAUCAUGUCCUCGAACAGCUCAUCAGGCGGAGUCAUCACCCGCAGCGACCAGAUCCAGAUCGACUUCUCCUGCAAGUACACACAGCCAGAGGUCAGGAGUGUGUUCUUCAGGAUCAAAGACAGCUCUGUGGUGCAGCAGCUUGUAUCUGGAGAGUGGAACUACACUCUGACGAUGAGCUCCUUCAGCGACGCCGGCCUCCUGCAGCCGGUCGUCCCGAACACGGAGAUCCUGCUGAACCAGAAGGUCUGGCUGCAGCUGGAGGCGGUGGGGCUGGACGCCAACAUGGUCGCCAUGGUGACAGACUCCUGCUGGGCAACCAAUCAGGCAUCACCUGACAGUAAUUUGCGAUACGACCUCAUCAUCAAAGGAUGUCCGAACCCUGCUGAUGAUACGGUGCAGAUGCAGGGAAACGGACAGGGAACGUCCAGCGUGUUCUCCUUCAACAUGUUCGAGUUCUCUGGAGCAAGCAGUGAAAUCUACCUGCACUGCAAACUGGAGCUGUGCCCCACACAGGGCCAGGCCUGCACUCCGAGCUGUGGGGGGGCAGGUCGCAGGAGGCGCAGAUCUGCUAUAUACGCUAAUGGAAACGCGGCCUUCAUCACUAUGGGAUGGAGAAACUGAAGAGCUUUGCAUG